GACAUCUCUCCUCAAUAUGUCAGGUGCUGUUUUGAUUUUAGUGUUCCAUAGAUAUAUAGCAAUGCGUUUGCUAUCAAAAUAGAUAAUGUAAACAAAUAAUGACUUUAUAAAUGGAUUACAGGUCGAGGAAUUGUUCAGUUCGUAGUAAAAAGAGCUAGUAGAUUGAGUAAUUUCAUAAUGUCCCAAGAAACUGCCAGAGUUCUUUCCAUUCAAAGUCAUGUGGUUUCGGGAUAUGUUGGAAAUAAAAGUGCCGUAUUCCCCAUGCAAUUGUUGGGAAUAGAGGUGGAUUUUAUAAAUUCUGUACAAUUUUCGAAUCAUACAGGAUAUAAAAUGUUUAAAGGACAAAUUUUAACAGAAAACGAUUUAUCAGAUUUAAUUGAUGGUUUGAAUGCUAAUGAUUUAGAUGUUUACACUCAUUUACUAACGGGUUACAUCGGAUCUAAAUCUUUUUUACACCAGAUUCUUAACGUUGUAGAAAAUUUGAGAAAAAAGAAUCCUAAUUUAAUAUACGUUUGUGACCCAGUUAUGGGGGAUAAUGGUCGUUUAUAUGUACCAAAAGAAUUGGUUCCUAUUUAUAGGGACUCUGUAGUGAAAUUAGCUAAUAUUAUAACACCAAAUUUAUUUGAAUUGCAAUUAUUAACUGAUGUUAAGAUAAAUAAUAAACAAGAUAUUUGGGAAGCUGUUACAAUUUUACAUUCUAAAGGUGUUGAAACUGUGGUUAUAUCUUCGGUUGAAAUCCCCGAACUACCAGGAUUUUUGUGUGUAUUUGCGAGCAGAAAUACUGGAGGAAAAGAUGAACGGUAUUGUAUGGAAAUCAAAAAAAUUCCUAUGAGUUUUACCGGUUCCGGAGAUUUAUUCGCAGCUUUAAUAUUAUCUUGGAUGCAUAAGAGUAACAACGAUUUGAAAGAGUCUUUGGAAAACACCAUAGCGUCGUUACACGCAAUAUUAGAAAGGACGUUUGAAUCUUGCAAAGGUUUAGAGCGAAACGCCCGCAACAAAGAAUUGAAACUACUACAAAGCAAACUCGAUAUAGAACAACCAAAAAUUAUAUUUAAAGCCAAUAUCGUACCUUGAAACACAUUUUUCAAUUAUUUGUAGUAAAUUUUAAUUAUAUUGACAAGUAACUCGAUAUAUUCCAUAAUUUUAAGUAUUAUUGGUAAAUCUUGGUACAAAUAUUCAAAUAGUUUCAUGGAAAUUUGUUUGUACAACAAAAUUUUCUUGGAAAAGUUUUAGUAAGACCAUAAAUUUGGUUAUUUUCAAUGAAAUCUUUGGGAUAUUACAAAAAAUUUAUAAAUAGGGAAACUAUAAAGGAAAUAGAGAGUGUUGUUAACACUAGGGGCUUCUUUUUACUUUGAUCUAGAUUCGCCAAUCUUUGAACUUGUCUUCUACAUAAAUACCCAUAAAAUGUUUUUUUUUUUUAAAUAAAACAUACAUUUAAAUCUG